AUGGAAGAAUGCAAGAAUGAGCCCAGAAAAAUAUAUGUUAAUACAUCCAGAGAACUUCUAUCCAGAGAAGAACACAAGAACAAGUUCAUAAUUACCCAGUCUGAAAAUUCAGCUGAAGAUCUACACAGAAAAGAACAAACUAGCAAGCUCAAAAAUACCCUGAUGGAAACUUCCAGUCAACAGCUACACAGGGCAGAAAACAAGAAUCAGUUGUAUGAUUCGUUCACUGACGAUCUACCCAACGAACAAUGUGAUACCAGAUCACAUGAUUCGUUCACUGAAGAUCUACCUAACGAACUAUGUGAUACCAGAUUGGAAACGUCCAAAUUCCCAGCACCUGAUGGCGGUUACGGCUGGUUUGUGGUUCUCGGCUGCUUCAUAUCUCACGUGGUGUUUGCGGGCUUCGACAGAAGCGAAGGCAUCCUUUUUCUUUUGUUGACCUCCAAGUUUGAGCAGAGUGCCCAACUGACCUCAUGGCCCGGCGCGAUUGCCUGUACCCUUCAGUUACUUCUGGGGCCCUUAGCCACUGCCGUGUCCAACCGUUACAGUCCAAGAAUUGCUGUAAUGCUGGGAGCGGUUCUUGUUGCACGGACGUCUGUGAUGAUCGGUGGUUUGUUGAUGUCCUUAGGCUGCAUCCUCAGCGGUUUUGCUACGAAUUUCUACUUCCUCUUCUUCUCCUACGCCUUGCUGGUGGGAACGGGAAGAGGUCUCAGCUAUGCUCCUGGUCUCAUUCUGGUGGCAAUGUACUUUGACAAGAGACGUGGGUUAGCUACAAGUAUUAGCUCGUCUGGUGUGGGUAUAGGUGGGUUUAUUAUAGUGCUCAUUUCUCAUUAUCUUUUCGAGAAUUAUGAAUUUCAAGGAGCUUUUUUAAUUAUCGGCGGAAUUGCUUUACACACAAAUCUAGCUGCCAUGUUAUAUCGACCCAUGACCAUGCAUCAGAGGUUCAACGAAAGGUUGAUGACACACAGCUUGGCUGUUGACCCCGUAGAAACAACAGUAGCGAUUGUUGCCUCGGAGUCGUCGUCCUCCGAACUAGACUCUAGGCGGCCGCCGAGUUUGUUUCAGUCAAGCGUCGACCAAAAACUGGAGAUUGAAAGUCCUACAAGUUUAAGGAACGAUAACGCAAAUACUAAAUAUCUUGGGCAGAAUCCGUUUAUUGGCAAUAAUUGUGUGACAACAGCUGUCAAAAUUUGUUUUCCAAAAGAAAUUAGGGAAGACAAUAAUAAAAUGUCCCGACAGUUGUGUCACCUCUACUUGUUAAAGAAUACGCCAUUCUUACUCUACUGCAUCAGCGCAUGGCUCUUCUCAAUGGCGAUGAAAUCUGGAUACACGUUUAUCCAGGCUUUGGUUAUUUCCAAAGGCAUCUCGAAAGCAGAAGCCGCAUUGGUGAUGUCAAUAGCAGGACUAGCCGACUGCGUUUCAAGAAUAGGAGCCGGUUUUUUGUUAGACUUAAAGCUCUUUCACGUUUAUCGGCUGCUAAUUUACACUGUUAUCAGCCUAUCGCUAGCGUUGGUACUUUUCCUUCUGCCUUCCAGGGAUUCCUUUCAUUCUUUCGUUGUCUUGUGGUGUGUCUUCGGGGUUUUAACAGGGAUUUUUAUCUCUCAAAGGGUGGUCAUACUAGUGGAUAUCCUGGGGAUCCAGCAGAUCGCCAACUCCUUGGUGAUUGUGAUUUGCUUCCAGAGCCUCGGAACGCUGCUGGGACCGCCAUUGUCUGGCACGGUCAAGGAUUACUUUGGAACGGUCGAUGAGUUGUUUUAUUUGAAUGGAAUGUUUAUGGUGACUGCAGGAAUUUUUAUGUGCGCUACUUGGGUGUUUUUUCGGUAUGCAAAGGCGGAAUAG